AUGGCGAAUGCCAGCGAGCCCGGCGGCGGCGGCGGCCACGGUGGCCACGGCGGCGAGGCGGCGGCGCUGGGCCUCAAGCUGGCCACGCUCAGCCUGCUGCUGUGCGUGAGCCUGGCGGGCAACGUGCUGUUCGCGCUGCUCAUCGUGCGGGAGCGGAGCUUGCACCGCGCCCCGUACUACCUGCUGCUCGACCUGUGCCUGGCCGACGGGCUGCGCGCGCUGGCCUGCCUCCCGGCCGUCAUGCUGGCCGCUCGGCGGGCGGCGGCCGCGGCGGGGACCCCGCCCGGCGCGCUGGGCUGCAAGCUGCUCGCCUUCCUGGCCGCGCUCUUCUGCUUCCACGCCGCCUUCUUGCUGCUUGGCGUGGGCGUCACCCGCUACCUGGCCAUCGCGCACCACCGCUUCUACGCCGAGCGCCUGGCCGGCUGGCCGUGUGCCGCCAUGCUAGUGUGCGCCGCCUGGGCGCUGGCCCUGGCCGCGGCCUUCCCGCCGGUGCUGGACGGCGGUGGAGGCGGCGGCGGCGGCGGCGAGGACGAGGACGCGCCCUGCGCCCUGGAGCAGCGGCCCGACGGUGCCCCCGGCGCGCUGGGCUUCCUGCUGCUGCUAGCCGUGGUGGUGGGCGCCACGCACCUCGUCUACCUCCGGCUGCUCUUCUUCAUCCACGACCGCCGCAAGAUGCGGCCCGCGCGCCUCGUGCCCGCCGUCAGCCACGACUGGACCUUCCACGGGCCCGGCGCCACCGGCCAGGCGGCCGCCAACUGGACGGCGGGCUUCGGCCGCGGGCCCACGCCGCCCGCGCUCGUGGGCAUCCGACCCGCGGCGCCCGGCCGUGGCGGCGGCGGCGGCGGCGGGGCCCGGCGGCUCCUCGUCCUCGAGGAGUUCAAGACGGAGAAGAGGCUGUGCAGGAUGUUCUACGCCGUCACGCUGCUCUUCCUGCUCCUCUGGGGGCCCUACGUCGUGGCCAGUUACCUGCGGGUGUUGGUGCGGCCCGGCGCCGUCCCCCAGGCCUACCUGACGGCCUCGGUGUGGCUCACCUUCGCGCAGGCCGGCAUCAACCCGGUCGUGUGCUUUCUCUUCAAUCGGGAGCUGCGGGACUGUUUCAGGGCCCAGUUCCCCUGCUGCCAGAGCCCCCAGACCACCCAGGCCACUCUCCCCUGCGACUUGAAGGGCAUCGGCUUGUGAGGGCCCCACCUGGCCACAUCCAGCCUUCUCCCGCUGGGGCUUGUUGGACAGUGUCAGAAUUACGACCCCCCCCCCAUCCUCAUUCUCCUUCCCAAUCCCCAUCCCUCCUUCCCUUUUAGUUUCCUAAACUGCCUUCAAAAUGACUCAGUGGACGCAGCUCCUUGGGAGAGGCCCACGGAGGCGGAGGGGUUUCAGGUCCAGGCCCUACCCAUCCCCAGUUCC